AUGCAAGCCUUUGCACAAAUUCUGUUGAUUCUCUCAAUUUUCGCCGCAAAAACCAACGCGGCUUGCGUGGAUUUGGUGAACAGCGCAACCGGAACCAGCGACUGUCCCUACCGCACCGCCUAUUGUACGGUGACCGCCUACGUCAGUUUGAUGAAGGUGCAAUGCCCAAAAACUUGUGGCUACUGUACUUCGAGCUCUACAAGCUCCUCGAGCUCCUCCAGCUCAAGCUCAACUUGCGUGGAUUUGACGAAUGCUUCGACUGGAGUCUCAGAUUGCACCAGAUUGUCAUAUUUGUGCACAAGUUCUGCUUAUGUCACUUUGAUGAAGACACAAUGUCCAAAAACAUGUGGUUACUGUACUAGUGAGUUGCUGGGGUACUGUAGAUUUUUGUGUAGAAAAUUAGAAUCUACAAAAGGUCAUAUGCUACAUAAUACAAUUAAAAAAUAAUGAACCUCAAAUAAAUUUGAAUAUUUUUUGAAACAAUUUUUGAAACAGUGAAUUUUAUUCAAAUUUUUUCUCUCGAAAUUAGUUUACUGUACUUGAAAAACUACCGACAAUAAAAAAUUCUGAAAUUCAAAACUUUUUGAUAAAAUUUUGAAACAGUGAAUUAUUUUUUCAAAAAAAAAUAAUCAAAAAUUUGGUUUUGAAAUCUUAUUUUCAUUCGAUUUUCAGAUAAAACAAGUGACCUGAAAUUAAAUUUUGAACAAAAUUUUUCUAGAAUUUUGUUAGUUAGGCUAACUGUACUGUAGAGAAAGAAAAUUAAUAGACUUCGCGGAAUAAAAAAUUCUGAUUGCGAAACACAAAAAGUUUUUGAUAAAAUUUUGAAACAGUGAAUUAUUUUUUCAAAAAAAAAAUCGAAAAUUGGAUUCUGAAAACUAAUUUUCAUCUUAUUUUCAGAUAAAAGAAGUGAUCUGAAAUUAAAUUUUGAACAAAAUUUUUCUCUUGAAGUUAGUUAGGCUAACUGUACUGUAGAUUAAUAUACUACUCGAAGAGGCAAGUAUCAGAAGUUCUGAAGUACAGAAAUUUUUUGCUAAAAUUUUGAAACAGUGAAUUUUUUUUCAAAAAAAAAUAAAAAAUUGAAUUUUGAAUACUCAUUUUCAUCCUAUUUUCAGAUAAAAAAAUGACCUGAAAUUAAAUUUUGAACAAAAUUUUUCUAGAAUUUUGUUAGUUAGGGUAACUGUACUGUAGAGAAAGAUAUAUACUAGAAAUCCCAGAAUCAAAAAUUCAGAAACACAAAAUUUUUUGAUAAAACUUUGAAACAGUGCAUUUUUUUUUCAAAAAAAAUCAAAAAUUGGAUUCUCAAAACUAAUUUUCAUCCUAUUUUCAGACCUGAAAUUAAAUUUUGAACAAAGCCUUUGUUAUGUAAAAAUAGGUCAAACAUGUGUCUUUAGGGCCCUAAAAGCACCAUAAAUCAGUUAGCCCGCAAAGUUUUAUGAUUUUCUGAACAUCUGGUGAACGAUUCAAUUUAAGAAACAUUUUCAAAUCUUUAACAAAAAACUCUCAAUUUUUUGAAACAGUGAAUUUUUUUUGGGGGGAAUUUCGAAAAAAUUCUAGAAGCCUAAAAAUAGUCUGAAAAAUCUUCAAUUUCAGGCUCCAGCUCUAGCUCCAGCUCCUCCAGCUCAAGCACAACUUGCGUGGAUCUGACAAACGCCUCAACUGGAACUUCAGAUUGUACCAGACUCUCAUAUUUGUGCACAAAUUCCGUCUAUCUCUCAUUGAUGAAAACACAAUGCCCAAAAACUUGUGGUUACUGUACUUCGGGAUAA